AUGGCGAUGCGCAUGCGCUAUGGCAAGGCCAAUCCCGACGCCCCCUUCCGGUGCGAGAUCGCUCCCGGCCGGAGGAGAGCAGCGGCGGCCAUUUUGUAGAAGUUCCAGUCUCUGCCGGAGGAGGCGAGGAGAGGCGAGGAGGACGCCACGUCAGAACCACGCUGCCGCCGAGCUCUCCUCAUGGGCUGCCUGGCGGACCUGCCCGUGAUUGGCUCGCAAGAGCUGAUUACGUCUGCUAUCUGGUCCGGCCCCCAGCGAUUAAAUUGGCCGGCCAUGAUCUACGCGGUCUCUCUCUCCCGCCCGCGCUGGAGGGAGGUGAUGGCGGCCCUCAUGGCGCUUGCCUCUGUCUUCGCCCGCCGAGGCCUGCUCUUGCUGCUGCUCCUUAUGGGGCCCUCGGGCUGCUCAGCGGAGCCCUGCACUGAUCCUGUGAUUACUCCUUCCUACUAUACCACCUCUGAUGCAGUCAUUUCCACAGAGACUGUUUUCAUCGUUGAGAUCUCUCUGAUGUGCAAGAAUGGGGCACAGAAUGUGGCCCUCUAUGCUGAUGUUAACGGAAAGCAGUUUCCAGUGACCCGUGGCCAGGAUAUUGGACGUUAUCAGGUAUCCUGGAGCUUGGAACAUAAGAAUGCCCGUUCUGGAACUUAUGAAGUCAAGUUCUUCGAUGAAGAAUCCUACAGUCUUUUGAGAAAGGCCCAGAGAAGCAAUGAAGAUGUGUCUGCCAUUAGACCCUUGUUCACAGUCAAUGUGGAUCACCGAGGUGCCUGGAAUGGGCCUUGGGUCUCUACCGAAGUGCUGGCUGCAAUGAUUGGCAUGGUGAUCUAUUACAUGGCCUUUAGUGCCAAAAGCAACAUUCAGGCCUGAGUCAUACAAAUUGAGCUUCUCUGCAUAAAGCUUCUCUGCAAAGCUUUUCUUCAUGCAAAAUAAAAGGGUUUGUCACUGGAGAAAAUGA